AUGGAGAAGGAGGAGGAGACCCGGGAGAUCCUGCUCCCCAACUGGCAAGGCAGCGGCUCCCACGGCAUCACCAUCGACCAGACGGACGAUGGGGUCUUCAUCAAACAAGUGCAGCAAAACUCCCCAGCCGCCAAGAUGGGCGUCGUGAAGGAAGGGGAUCAGAUCGUGAGUGCCACCGUCUACUUUGACAACCUGCAAUCCGGGGAAGUCACGCAGCUGCUCAACAGCAUGGGCCACCACACGGUGGGUUUGCGCUUGCAACGGAAAGGGGACAAGUCUCCACUGCCGGGACAGUCAUGGUCACACGACGUGUUUGCAGCCAGCAGCCCAGAAGUUGUUCUGAGCGGGGACGACGAGGAGUACAGGAGGAUUUACACAACAAAAAUCAAACCCCGUCUGAAGUCGGAGGAGGUGUUGGAAGCAGAGUGUGGUGGAACGCAGAGCAGGACCAUCACGGUCACCAGAAAAGUGACGGCGUACACCGUGGAUGUCAGUAGGCAUGACGGAGCAAAAGACAUGGAGGUCGUCGGCCCAGACUUUAAAAUCCGGAUCCCAACGCAGGAGAUCACCUACGGGAUGAAAACUGAGGGCGAAGCAGAACUUGGGACAACCGUGAUCAAAACGGCACCGGGGGAUCUGCCUGGGAGAAGCACCCAAGCCCCAGACUGGAGCGUGGACAUCAGAGGGGCACCUCCUGGCCCAACGGUUGAGUCUUCUGCCCAGCAGUUGGAUGUCCACCUCGGCAAGGCUCAGCUCGGAAAGGCCGGGAUAACCGUGUCGGGAACGCAAGUGAUGGGCGUUGACCUGAGGACUCAGAUGGACCCUCAACUGCCGGAGAGCCAAGUUCCUGGUGGGGAAACUGGAAAAUCUGUUACGCUGGAGAUGCCCGGAGGGCACGUUUCUGGCACGGCGUCCCUGGGCUCGCCCAGAAUCGAAGCAAAUGGACAGAUGGGAAACCUGGACGCAGGUUUUCACGUCAAGGGGCCCAGGUUGGACGGCAAAGGACUUGUUUCGGGCAUGGACGUCCCAGGGGGGACGCUGUCACGCGCCGACGCUUCCGCUCCGUGUCUUCAGGGAGAUAUCAAAGGCCCCGGUGUUGACAUUUCUUUACCGGCGAUGGAAAAUCCAGCUGUCGACGUGGGCAAAAUCAAGAUUCCCGUUUUGAAAAUGCCCAAAUUUGGGUUCCCGACGGCGGGAUCCGGCGCCGACGCUUACACCCCGCAGGUGGGCACCGACCUUCCUGCCCCGAAGCCGCAGGCUCCGUCCGUGGAUGUUGCCGCCUCCUCUGUCCACGUCACGGGACCCGAAAUUUCAGCUCCUUCGGUUCGAGUCCCAAAGCCGCAGGUGGAGGUGGGGCUGAAGGGCGCUGUGAAGGUCCCCGGCCCAGAACUGGAGGUCCCUGGCGUGGGUAUCAAAGGACCCUGCGUAGAGCUCCCGGCUUCCGAUGUCCACGGUGGCAAGGGAACACUCAAAAUGCCCCACAUGACCUUGCCAAAAUUCACUGCCUUGGACUCGCAAGGUGAAGGUCCCGUGGUGGAAAUGGUGCUCCCAAAAGGCGAGGUGGGACCGGCAGCGUCCGAGGUCAAUGUUGGCGUUCCCGAUGUGGCCAUCAAAGGAGAAUGGAAAGGCCCCAAGUUCAAGAAGGUCGAAACGCCCCAAAUCUCUCUGUCGGAUGUAAACCUGAACCUGAAGGGCCCUCAGGUAAAGGGAGAUACGGGUGUGACGGUCCCCAGAGUGGAAGGGGAUGUUAAAGGACUUGGCUCUAAGGGUCUCAAGAUGGACGUAAAGGCUCCUGAUGUUGAAUUUGGAAAGGUCAAAGGCCCCAAAGUUACGAUGCCGGAGGUAUGUGUCAAGACCCCCCAGAUAUCCAUGCCUGACAUCGACCUGAACCUGAAAGGCCCCAAAGUGAAAGGAGACCUGGAUGUUUCUGCCCCAAAACUGGAAGGGGAGCUGAAAGCACCCGGACUUGACAUCAAAGGCCCCAAAGUUGACCUUGAAGCACCAGACGUGGACAUCCACGGGCCAGAGGGCAAACUGAAGAUACCGAAGCUGAAAAUGCCCAAGUUUGGGGUGCCUGGCCUGAAGGGAGAGGGCCCUGAUGUCAACGUGAUGCUUCCAAAGGGUACGGUGGACAUUUCUGGUCCUAAGUUAGAUAUUGACAUGCCGAGCGUGGACAUCAAAGGGCCAGAAGGAACACUCAAGGGUCCCAAGGUCUCUGUGCCAGAGGUUGACCUGAACCUGAAAGGCCCCAAAGUGAAGGGGAACCUGGAUGUUUCCAUUCCCACCGUAGGAGCUGAUUUGAAGGGCCCUGAACUGGAGCUCAAAGGCCCCAAAGUUGACAUUGGAGCACCAGACGUGGACAUCCACGGGCCAGAGGGCAAACUGAAGAUACCGAAGCUGAAAAUGCCCAAGUUUGGGGUACCCGGCCUGAAGGGAGAGGGGCCUGACGUCGAUGUGACACUUCCAAAGGGUACGGUGGACAUUUCUGGUCCUAAGUUAGAUAUUGACAUGCCGAGCGUGGACAUCAAAGGGCCAGAAGGAACACUCAAGGGCCCCAAGGUGAAGAUGCCAGAGAUGCACAUCACAGCUCCAAAGGUCUCUAUGCCGGAUGUUGAUCUGAACCUGAAAGGCCCCAAAGUGAAGGGGGACCUGGAUGUUUCCAUUCCCACUGGAGGAGCUGAUUUGAAGGGUCCUGAACUGGAGCUCAAAGGCCCCAAAGUUGACAUUGGAGCACCAGACGUGGACAUCCACGGGCCAGAGGGCAAACUGAAGAUACCGAAGCUGAAAAUGCCCAAGUUUGGGGUGCCUGGCCUGAAGGGAGAGGGCCCUGAUGUCGACGUGACACUUCCAAAGGGCGAGGUGGACAUUUCUGGUCCCAAGGUAGAUAUUGACCUGCCAAGUGUGGACAUGAAAGGGCCGGAAGGAAAGCUGAAGGGCCCUAAGGUGAAGAUGCCUGACAUGAGCUUCAAGACCCCCCAGAUAUCCAUGCCUGACAUCGACCUGAACCUGAAAGGCCCCAAAGUGAAAGGAGACCUGGAUAUUUCUGCCCCAAAACUGGAAGGGGAGCUGAAAGCACCCGGACUUGACAUCAAAGGCCCCAAAGUUGACCUUGAAGCACCAGACGUGGACAUCCACGGGCCAGAGGGCAAACUGAAGAUACCGAAGCUGAAAAUGCCCAAGUUUGGGGUGCCUGGCCUGAAGGGAGAGGGCCCUGAUGUCGACGUGACGCUUCCGAAGGGCGAGGUGGACAUUUCUGGUCCCAAGGUAGAUAUUGACGUGCCGAGCGUGGACAUUGAAGGGCCAGAAGGAAAAGGAAAAGGUCUCAAAUUUAAAAUGCCCGAACUAAACAUUCAGACACCAAAACUGUCCAUGCCAGACGUAGAUCUCGGUUUGAAGGGCCCCAAACUGAAAGGAGAUGCAGAGAUCUCUGGUCUGAAGGCCUCUGGAGAUCUGAAAGGCCCCAAAAUAGAUGUAGAAGGUCCCAAAGUGGACGUUGAGGUGCCUGAGGUAGACUUGGAAUGUCCAGAAGGGAAAAUAAAAGGCCCCAAAUUUAAGAUGCCCAAGCUUAAUAUCAAGGCACCCAAACUAUCCAUGCCUGACGUAGAUUUGAACUUAAAGGGACAUAAAACGAAAGGAGAGAUGGAUAUUGCGGCUCCUAAGAUAGAAGGUGAUUUGAAAGGGCCCGAAAUAGACAUUAAGGGACCGAAAAUUGAUGUCGAGGUCCCAGACGUCAACCUGGAGUGUCCAGAAGCCAAACUGAAAGCGCCGAAAGUUAAAUUGCCUCAUUUUAACGUGUCCGGCCCAAAGUUUGAGGGAGCCGAUAUAGAUGUCAACCUGCCAAAAGGCGAGCUAGAUAUUUCGGGGCCAGAGGCAGAUAUCGAAGCGCCAGAGCUGGACGUGGCGGGACCAGAAGGAAAAUGGAAAGGCCCCAAGUUCAGGAUGCCGAAACUGAAUAUCAAAACACCUAAACUAUCCAUGCCGGAUGUAGAUUUGCACCUGAAGGGACCCAAAGCGAAAGGAGAGAUGGAUAUUGCGGCUCCCAAGAUAGAAGGGGAUUUGAAAGGGCCAGAACUAGACAUUAAGGGGCCUCAAGUAGAUGUUGAAGGACCAAAUAUUGAUUUGGAGUGUCCCGAAGGGAAGCUGAAAGGCCCCAAGUUCAAGAUGCCGGACAUGCACAUCAAAGCCCCCAAGAUCUCCAUGCCCGAUGUUGACUUCAAUCUGAAGGGCCCCAAAGUGAAGGGGGAUGUGGACGUGUCUGUCCCCAAGCUGGAGGGUGACCUGAAGAGCCCCGAGGUGGACAUCAAAGGUCCCAAAGUCGACAUUGAGGCACCUGAUGUGGACGUUCAUGGCCCAGAGGGAAAAUUCAAAAUGCCCAAGUUCAAGAUGCCCAAAUUCGGGAUGCCUGGCUUCAAAGCAGAAGGCCCAGAGGUGGACGUGAACCUGCCCACAGGAAACCUGGAUGUUUCUGGUCCCAAGGUGGAUAUUGAAGGUCCAGAGGUGGACAUUGAAGGGCCAGAGGGGAAGGUGAAGGGCCCCAAGUUCAAGAUGCCCGAGAUGCACAUCAAGGCACACAAAAUCUCCAUGCCCGAUGUUGACCUGAAUCUAAAGGCCCCAAAGCUGAAGGGUGGUGUGGACGUGUCUGUCCCCAAGCUGGAGGGUGACCUGAAGGGCCCCGAGGUGGACAUCAAAGGCCCCAAAGUCGAUGUUGACCUUCCUGACGUUGAGCUGGAAGGGCCAGAGGGGAAGCUGAAGGGCCCCAAGUUCAAGAUGCCGGACAUGCACAUCAAGGCCCCCAAGUUCUCCAUGCCCGACGUCGACUUCAAUCUGAAGGGCCCCAAAGUGAAGGGGGAUGUGGACGUGUCUGUCCCCAAGCUGGAGGGUGACCUGAAGGGUCCUGAGGUUGACAUCAAGGGUCCCAAAGUUGACAUUGAGGCACCUGACGUGGACAUUCACGGCCCAGAGGGAAAAUUCAAAAUGCCCAAGUUCAAGAUGCCCAAAUUUGGCAUGCCGGGGCUGAAAGGAGAAGGCCCUGAAGUUGAUGUCAACCUCCCAAAAGCGGACAUUGAUGUUUCUGUCCCAAAGGUAGAUAUCGAGUUGCCCAGUGCGGACAUUGAAUGUCCUGAAGGAAAAGUUAAAGGUCCCAAAUUUAAGAUGCCCGAUAUGCACAUCAAAGCCCCCAAGAUCUCCAUGCCUGACAUUGACUUGAACCUGAAAGGCCCCAAAGUGAAGGGAGGGGCUGACGUUUCUGUGCCAAAAUUAGAGGGUGACUUGAAAGGACCCGAUGUGAACAUUAAAGGUCCGAAGUUGGAUGUCGAUGUUCCUGAUAUUGAUGUUGAAGGUCCUGAGGGAAAAUGGAAAGGACCCAAGAUAAAAAUGCCGGAUAUGCACAUUAAAGCACCGAAACUUUCUAUGCCUGAUGUAGACCUCAACUUGAAAGGUCCCAAAGUGAAAGGAGAAAUGGACGUUUCUGUGCCGAAAAUAGAGGGCGAUGUGAAAGUGCCGGAUCUGGAACUUAAAGGGCCCAAAGUGGACAUAGACGUUCCUGACGUUGACCUUGAAGGCCCCGAAGGCAAGGUAAAGGGUCCCAAAUUUAAGAUGCCCGACAUGCAUUUCAAAGCCCCCAAGAUCUCCAUGCCCGACUUUGAUCUCAACCUCAAAGGCCCCAAAGGGAAGGGGGAUGUGGACGUUUCUCUCCCCAAAAUUGAGGGUGAUUUGACAGGGCCGGACGUUGACAUCAAAGGCCCUAAACUGGAUGUUAAUGUUCCCGACGUUGACCUAGAGUGUCCAGAAGCAAAGGUUAAAGGCCCCAAGUUCAAGAUGCCCGAGAUGCACUUCAAGACACCAAAAAUCUCCAUGCCCGACAUAGAUCUGAACCUGAAGGGUCCGAAGGUGAAGGGAGACGUGGAUGUUUCUGCCCCCAAACUAGAGGGCGACUUGAAAGGCCCCGAGAUAGACAUCAAAGGUCCUAAACUGGACAUAGACGCUCCCGAUGUGGAUUUUGAGGUCCCAGAGGGGAAGGUGAAAGGCCCCAAAUUUAAGAUGCCCGAGAUGCAUUUUAAGGCUCCCAAGAUCUCCAUGCCCGACUUUGAUCUCAACCUGAAAGGCCCCAAAGGAAAGGGGGACGUGGAUGUCUCCAUUCCCAAGUUAGAAGGUGACCUCAAAGGGCCGGAGGUUACAGUAAAAGCUCCGAAAGUGGACAUAGAGGCGCCAGAUGUUGAGCUAGAAUGUCCAGAAGGCAAGGUAAAGGGUCCCAAAUUUAAGAUGCCCGAGAUGCACUUCAAGGCGCCCAAGAUCUCCAUGCCCGACAUUGACUUGAACCUGAAGGGCCCCAAAGUGAAGGGUGGUGUGGACGUGUCUGUCCCCAAGCUGGAGGGUGCCCUGAAGGGCCCCGAGGUGGACAUCAAAGGUCCCAAAGUCGACAUUGAGGCACCCGAUGUAGACAUUCACGGCCCAGAGGGAAAAUUCAAAAUGCCCAAGUUCAAGAUGCCCAAAUUCGGGAUGCCGGGGCUGAAAGGAGUAGGCCCAGAGGUGGACGUGAACCGGCCCACAGGAAACCUGGAUGUUUCUGGAGGUCCCAAAUUUAAGAUGCCCGAGAUGCACUUCAAGGCGCCCAAGAUCUCCAUGCCCGACAUUGACUUGAACCUGAAGGGCCCCAAAGUGAAGGGUGGUGUGGACGUGUCUGUCCCCAAGCUGGAGGGUGCCCUGAAGGGCCCCGAGGUGGACAUCAAAGGUCCCAAAGUCGACAUUGAGGCACCCGAUGUAGACAUUCACGGCCCAGAGGGAAAAUUCAAAAGUCCCAAAUUUAAGAUGCCCGAGAUGCACUUCAAGGCGCCCAAGAUCUCCAUGCCCGACAUUGACUUGAACCUGAAGGGCCCCAAAGUGAAGGGUGGUGUGGACGUGUCUGUCCCCAAGCUGGAGGGUGCCCUGAAGGGCCCCGAGGUGGACAUCAAAGGUCCCAAAGUCGACAUUGAGGCACCCGAUGUAGACAUUCACGGCCCAGAGGGAAAACUGGAGGGUCCCAAAUUUAAGAUGCCCGAGAUGCACUUCAAGGCGCCCAAGAUCUCCAUGCCCGACAUUGACUUGAACCUGAAGGGCCCCAAAGUGAAGGGUGGUGUGGACGUGUCUGUCCCCAAGCUGGAGGGUGCCCUGAAGGGCCCCGAGGUGGACAUCAAAGGUCCCAAAGUCGACAUUGAGGCACCCGAUGUAGACAUUCACGGCCCAGAGGGAAAAUUCAAAAUGCCCAAGUUCAAGAUGCCCAAAUUCGGGAUGCCGGGGCUGAAAGGAGUAGGCCCAGAGGUGGACGUGAACCGGCCCACAGGAAACCUGGAUGUUUCUGGAGGUCCCAAAUUUAAGAUGCCCGAGAUGCACUUCAAGGCGCCCAAGAUCUCCAUGCCCGACAUUGACUUGAACCUGAAGGGCCCCAAAGUGAAGGGUGGUGUGGACGUGUCUGUCCCCAAGCUGGAGGGUGCCCUGAAGGGCCCCGAGGUGGACAUCAAAGGUCCCAAAGUCGACAUUGAGGCACCCGAUGUAGACAUUCACGGCCCAGAGGGAAAAUUCAAAAUGCCCAAGUUCAAGAUGCCCAAAUUCGGGAUGCCGGGGCUGAAAGGAGUAGGCCCAGAGGUGGACGUGAACCGGCCCACAGGAAACCUGGAUGUUUCUGGAGGUCCCAAAUUUAAGAUGCCCGAGAUGCACUUCAAGGCGCCCAAGAUCUCCAUGCCCGACAUUGACUUGAACCUGAAGGGCCCCAAAGUGAAGGGUGGUGUGGACGUGUCUGUCCCCAAGCUGGAGGGUGCCCUGAAGGGCCCCGAGGUGGACAUCAAAGGUCCCAAAGUCGACAUUGAGGCACCCGAUGUAGACAUUCACGGCCCAGAGGGAAAAUUCAAAAUGCCCAAGUUCAAGAUGCCCAAAUUCGGGAUGCCGGGGCUGAAAGGAGUAGGCCCAGAGGUGGACGUGAACCGGCCCACAGGAAACCUGGAUGUUUCUGGAGGUCCCAAAUUUAAGAUGCCCGAGAUGCACUUCAAGGCGCCCAAGAUCUCCAUGCCCGACAUUGACUUGAACCUGAAGGGCCCCAAAGUGAAGGGUGGUGUGGACGUGUCUGUCCCCAAGCUGGAGGGUGCCCUGAAGGGCCCCGAGGUGGACAUCAAAGGUCCCAAAGUCGACAUUGAGGCACCCGAUGUAGACAUUCACGGCCCAGAGGGAAAAUUCAAAAUGCCCAAGUUCAAGAUGCCCAAAUUCGGGAUGCCGGGGCUGAAAGGAGUAGGCCCAGAGGUGGACGUGAACCGGCCCACAGGAAACCUGGAUGUUAUCUCCAUGCCCGACAUUGACUUGAACCUGAAGGGCCCCAAAGUGAAGGGUGGUGUGGACGUGUCUGUCCCCAAGCUGGAGGGUGCCCUGAAGGGCCCCGAGGUGGACAUCAAAGGUCCCAAAGUCGACAUUGAGGCACCCGAUGUAGACAUUCACGGCCCAGAGGGAAAAUUCAAAAUGCCCAAGUUCAAGAUGCCCAAAUUCGGGAUGCCGGGGCUGAAAGGAGGUCCCAAAUUUAAGAUGCCCGAGAUGCACUUCAAGGCGCCCAAGAUCUCCAUGCCCGACAUUGACUUGAACCUGAAGGGCCCCAAAGUGAAGGGUGGUGUGGACGUGUCUGUCCCCAAGCUGGAGGGUGCCCUGAAGGGCCCCGAGGUGGACAUCAAAGGUCCCAAAGUCGACAUUGAGGCCCCUGAUGUGGACAUUCAUGGCCCAGAAGGUAAAAUAAAAAUACCCAAGUUCAAGAUGCCCAAGUUUGGGGUGCCGGGCUUCAAAGCGGAGGGCCCAGAGGUGGACGUGAACCUGCCCACAGGAAACCUGGAUGUUUCUGGUCCCAAGGUGGAUAUUGAAGGUCCGGAGGUGGACAUUGAAUGUCCUGAAGGGAAGGUGAAGGGCCCCAAGUUCAAGAUGCCCGAGAUGCACAUCAAGGCGCCCAAGAUCUCCAUGCCUGAUGUUGACUUCAAUUUGAAGGGCCCCAAGGUAAAGGGCGGCGUGGACGUGUCUGUCCCUAAGCUGGAGGGUGACCUGAAGGGUCCUGAUGUGCAUAUCCAAGGCCCCAAAGUCGAUAUUGAGGCACCUGAUGUGGACAUUCAUGGCCCAGAAGGCAAAAUUAAAGGCCCCAAAUUUAAGAAGCCUGAGAUUCAGUUCAAUGUUCCCAAAAUCUCCAUGCCAGAUAUUGACUUAAAUUUGAAAGGGCCUAAAGUGAAAGCUGACAUUGAUCCUUCUCUUCCCAAAAUUGAGGGCGAGCUGAAAGGUCCUAAGCUAGAUAUCAAAGGGCCGGAACUUGAGGUUGAGGGACCGAAGCUUGAUCUUGAAGGAAAGACUAAGAAGUCCAGGUUUAAACUUCCAAAAUUUGGCUUUUCUAGUCCUAAAGUGCAAAGCCCGGAUGUGGACGUGAAACUUAAAAAACCCGACGUUGAAAUGUCCGGUCCGAAAGUUGAUGUUCACGCUCCAGAUGUGGAUGUACAGGCAAAAUCGAAAGGGUCAAAAUUUAAAAUGCCUUUCUUGAGUAUUUCGUCGCCCAAAGUUUCGAUGCCGGAUGUGGAGCUCAAUCUGAAAGGGCAUAAACUCAAAGGCGAGUUAGAUGUUCCCAGCCCCAAGGUGGAAGGGGAACUGAAAGGUCCUGAGGUGGACAUCAAGGGUCCCAAAGUCAACAUUGAGGCACCCGACGUGGACAUUCACGGGCCGGAGGGUAAACUCAAAAUGCCCAAGUUCAAAAUGCCUAAAUUCGGUGUGUCUGGGUUGAAAGCCGAGGGGCCAGAGGUGGACAUCAGCAUUCCGAAAGGAGAGCUGGACGUUUCGGGUCCCAAGUUGGAUAUGGAAGGUGCUGGUUUGGAAAUUGAAGGGCCAGAGGGGAAGGUGAAGGGCCCCCACUUCAAGAUGCCAGAUAUGAACAUCAAGGCACCCAAAAUCUCGAUGCCCGACAUUGACCUGAACCUGAAAGGUCCCAAAGCAAAGGCAGAUGUGGACGUCUCUCUUCCCCAGGUGGAUCUGAAGGGCUCAGAUUUGCAAGUGAAAGGACCGAAAGUGGAUGUCGAGGGUCCUGACCUUGACAUUGAAGGUCCCAAAGGAAAACUGAAGGGCCCCAAGUUUAAAAUGCCAGAAAUGAAUAUCAAAGCUCCCAACAUCUCCAUGCCGGACUUUGAUUUGAAUUUAAAAGGUCCCAAGUCAAAAGGAGGUGUGGAUAUCGAUCUUUCGGGGCCAAAACUGGAAGGGGACUUGAGCAUGCCCGAUGUCAAUAUCAAAGGACCGAAGGUUGACAUCGAUGCACCUGAGCUGGACAUUGAAGGGCCGGAAGGAAAACUGAAAGGUCCCAAGUUUAAAAUGCCGGAGAUGCACAUAAAAGCUCCCAAAAUUUCCAUGCCUGAGGCCAGCUUCAACCUCAAAGGUCCCAAGCUGAAAGGAGACAUAGAUGUUUCUGCUCCGAAGCUAGAAGGGGAUUUGAAGGCUCCUGACAUCAAUAUUGGAGGUCCCAAAGUCGACAUCGAUGUGCCAGAUGUGGACAUUCACGGCCCAGAGGGUAAACUCAAAAUGCCCAAGUUCAAGAUGCCCAAAUUCGGGAUGCCUGGCUUCAAAGCAGAAGGCCCAGAGGUGGACGUCAACCUGCCCACAGGAAACCUGGAUGUUUCUGGUCCCAAGGUGGACAUUGAAGGUCCGGAGGUGGACAUUGAAGGGCCAGAGGGGAAGUUGAAGGGCCCCAAGUUCAAGAUGCCGGACAUGCACGUCAAGGCGCCCAAGAUCUCCAUGCCUGACAUUGACUUGAACCUGAAGGGCCCCAAAGUGAAGGGGGAUGUGGAUGUGUCUGUUCCCAAGUUGGAAGGUGACCUGAAAGGUCCCGAAGUGGAUAUAAAAGGACCCAAAGUCGACAUAGAUGUUCCUGAUGUGGAGAUUGAAGGACCAGAAGGAAAACUGAAAGGCCCCAAGUUGAAGAUGCCGGAGAUGCAUUUUAAGGCUCCUAAAAUUUCUAUGCCGGACUUUGAUUUGAACCUGAAAGGCCCGAAAGUGAAGGGGGAUGUGGAUGUGUCUAUGCCGUGCGUGGAAGGUGACCUGAAAGGUCCGAAAGUUGAUGUGAAAGGUCCCGAGUUGGAUAUUAGUGCCCCAGAUGUUCAAAUCGAGGGCCCAGAAGGAAAGGUAAAGGGUCCCAAAUUUAAGAUGCCCGACAUGCAUUUCAAAGCCCCCAAGAUCUCCAUGCCCGACUUUGAUCUCAACCUCAAAGGCCCCAAAGGGAAGGGGGAUGUGGAGGUUGCCCUUCCAAAAAUUGAGGGCGAUUUGACAGGGCCGGACAUUGACAUCAAAGGCCCUAAACUGGACGUAGACCUUCCCGAUGUUGAGCUGGAAGGUCCUGAAGGGAAGGUGAAGGGCCCCAAGUUCAAGAUGCCCGAGAUGCACAUCAAGGCGCCCAAGAUCUCCAUGCCUGACAUUGACUUGAACCUGAAGGGCCCCAAAGUGAAGGGGGAUGUGGAUGUUUCUCUUCCCAAGCUGGAGGGUGACCUGAAGGGCCCCGAAAUUGAUAUCAAAGGCCCCAAGGUCGAUGUUGACCUUCCUGACGUUGAGCUGGAAGGGCCAGAGGGGAAGCUGAAGGGCCCCAAGUUCAAGAUGCCGGACAUGCACAUCAAGGCCCCCAAGUUCUCCAUGCCCGACGUCGACUUCAAUCUGAAGGGCCCCAAAGUGAAGGGGGAUGUGGAUGUGUCUGUCCCCAAGCUGGAGGGUGACCUGAAGGGCCCCGAGGUGGACAUCAAAGGUCCCAAAGUCGACAUUGAGGCACCCGAUGUGGACAUUCACGGCCCAGAAGGAAAACUCAAAAUGCCCAAGUUCAAGAUGCCCAAAUUCGGGAUGCCUGGCUUCAAAGCAGAAGGCCCAGAGGUGGACGUCAACCUGCCCACAGGAAACCUGGAUGUUUCUGGCCCCAAGGUCGAUGUUGACCUUCCUGACGUUGAGCUGGAAGGGCCAGAGGGGAAGCUGAAGGGCCCCAAGUUCAAGAUGCCGGACAUGCACAUCAAGGCCCCCAAGUUCUCCAUGCCCGACGUCGACUUCAAUCUGAAGGGCCCCAAAGUGAAGGGGGAUGUGGACGUGUCUGUCCCCAAGCUGGAGGGUGACCUGAAGGGCCCCGAUGUGGACAUCAAAGGUCCCAAAGUCGACAUUGAGGCACCCGAUGUGGACAUUCACGGCCCAGAGGGAAAAUUCAAAAUGCCCAAGUUCAAGAUGCCCAAAUUCGGGAUGCCUGGCUUCAAAGCAGAAGGCCCAGAGGUGGACGUCAACCUGCCCACAGGAAACCUGGAUGUUUCUGGUCCCAAGGUGGACAUUGAAGGUCCAGAGGUGGACAUUGAAGGUCCUGAAGGGAAGGUGAAGGGCCCCAAGUUCAAGAUGCCCGACAUGCACAUCAAGGCGCCCAAGAUCUCCAUGCCCGACAUUGACUUGAACCUGAAGGGUCCCAAAGUGAAGGGAGAUGUGGAGGUUUCCGCACCUGAUCUGGAAGGCCCUAAGGUCGAGAUUGAGGCCCCCGACAUGGACAUCAAAGGCCCAGAAGGGAAGCUUAAGGGUCCCAAGUUCAAAAUGCCGGACAUGCACAUCAAGGCUCCAAAAAUCUCCACGCCUGACUUUGAUCUGAACCUGAAAGGUCCCAAAGUAAAAGGAGAUGUGGACAUGUCAUUGUCAGGACCAGAAUGUGAACUGAAAGGUCCGGAGGUCAAUAUUGAGGCUCCUGAUCUGCACGUGGAUGGAAAAGUGAAAGGUCCCAAAUUUACAAUGCCUGAAAUGCACCUUAAGGCUCCCAAAGUCUCCAUCCCCGACGUUGACUUCAACAUCAAGGGGCCGGCACUGAAAGGAGACAUAGAUGUUUCUGGACCCAGGCUUGAAGGUGAUUUGAAAGCCCCCCAAAUUGAUGUGAAAGCUCCCAAAAUAGACAUUGACACUCCCGAUGUGACCAUCGAAGGGCCGGAAGGGAAACUCAAAGGCCCCAAGUUCAAGAUGCCGGACAUGCACAUCAAGGCGCCCAAGUUCUCCAUGCCCGACGUUGACUUUAAUCUGAAGGGCCCCAAGCUGAAGGGAGACGUGGAUGUCUCGGCACCCAAGUUGGAAGGGGAUUUGCAGUGUCCGGAUGUUGACAUCAAAGGCCCCAAGUUGGACCUUCAGGCACCCGACGUGAACAUCGAAGGGCCGGAUGGCAAACUGAAAGGGCCCAAGCUCAAGAUGCCAGAAAUGCAUGUCAAGACCCCCCAGAUCUCCAUGCCGGACAUCGAUCUGAACCUCAAGGGACUGAGGGUGAAAGGCGACGCUGACCUUCAGGGCCCGAAGCUCGAGGGAGGUCUGAAGGGUCCUGAAGUUGAUAUUAAAGGCCCCAAAGUCGAUAUCCAGGGCCCAGAGGUUGACGUUGAGGGUCUGGAGGGAAAAGUGAAGAUGCCUAAAAUGAAGAUCCCCAAGUUUGGCUUUAAAGGGGAAGGUCCUGAAGUGGACGUGAACCUGCCAAAGGCAGAGGUUGACCUUUCAGGCCCCACAGUGGAUAUCAGCGUCCCAGAUGUGAGCAUCGAAGGUCCAGAGGGAAAAGUGAAAGGUCCUAAACUGAAGAUGCCGGAAAUGCACGUGAACGUUCCUAAAAUCUCAAUGCCUGAGAUAGACUUAAGUUUGAAAGGCCACAAAACGAAGGGAGGCUUUGACCUUUCAACCCCGAAGAUGGAAGGUAACCUGAAAGGUCCUGAAAUUGAUAUCAAAGGCCCAGAAUUUGGAGUCAAAGGCCCGGAAGUUGACGUUGAAUGUCCUGACCUGAACAUUGAAGGGCCGGAGGCAAAUGUCAAACUUUCCAAGUUUAAGAAGCCGAAGUUUGGGUUUGGGAUGAAAAGCCCGAAGGCAGAAAUCAAAGUCCCGGGGGCAGAAGUGGAUUUACCUGAGGCAGAGCUGAACGUGGAGUCGCCCGACAUCAACGUGGCUGGAAAGGGUAAGAAGAGUAAGUUCAAGAUGCCAAAGCUUCAUGUGAGCGGCCCGAAAGUUAAAGGCAAGAAAGGCGGGUUUGAUGUGAAUGUGGCUGGUGGAGAGCUCGAUGCGAAUUUGAAAUCUCCGGACCUGGAUAUGAACAUGGCUGGGCCGGAUGUGACGAUAAAAGGUGACGCUACAGUGAAGUCCCCCAAAGGGAAGAAACCCAUGUUUGGGAAAAUCUCCUUCCCAGAUGUUGAAUUUGAUCUUAAAUCACACCGAUUCAGGGGGGAUGCUUCUGUGGCCGUCCCAAAAAUCGAGGGGGAACUGAAAGCGCCCGAUCUAGAAGUCGCUGUGCCAACUGUCAAAGGCGACGUCAAAAGCCCGAGUCUCAAUGUGGACGUCGAAGCUUCUGAGGUGAACCUGAAGAAACCGAAGUUCAAACUUCCCAGUGGGCAGGUGGGCGUAGGGGACUUGAAGAUUGAGGGCGACCUGAAAGGACCCGCCGUUGACAUCACCGUUCCCUCCAUCCCAACACCAGACGUCGACUUAAAUGUGAAAGGACCAAAAGUAAAAGGGGAAAUCGGCCUUCCCGGAGCAGAACUGGAAGGUCCCGAUGGAAAGCUGAACCCGCCCAAGGUGGGGAAAAUGGGUCUCGGUCUGGAAAUGCCGGAUGCAAACUUGGAUAUCUCGGCCCCAGCGGUGGAAGGAAGCGUGAGCCUCCCUUCGGCUGAUGUGAACCUCCGAGGGGUUGAUGUAAAGCUCAAAGGGCCCCAAAUCUCGGGACCCGAUUUUGAUGGAAACCUGAAAGGACCAAAAAUAAAGGGAAAUCUGGAUGUUUCAAGCUCUGUUGAAGGGCCAAAUGUCAGCCUGGACGCGCCAGGCGUUGACAUUGGAGGCUUGGGAGGAAAGCUGAAGCUGCCGAAGUUUAAAUCCCCCGGUAUGGAGGGCCCUGAUCUGAGCGUGAGAGGAGGUGUCGACUGCUCGGUCCCGCAAGUGGAGGUGGAUGCGAAAGCCCCAGGUGCGAAUCUCAACCUCGGCCUCCCAGACAUCGGUAUCAAAGGGCCCUCGUUGAAAGGAGAUCUCGACCUUUCUGCCAGCGUCAAAGCCCCCCAAGCAUCAGUGGAGGCGCCUGAUGUCGGCUUUGAAAUUCUGGGUGGCACCAUCAAGCUCCCGUCCCUCAAACUCCCUCAGUUUGGUAUUUCCAGUCCUGGUGUGGAUGGCGUUGAAGCGGGUGUCAAUCUUGAAGGCCCUCAAGUGAAAGGAGGCCUGAAGGGCUCAGGGGCUGGUGGCGGGUUGGAAGGACCCGAUGUAGAAUUGAAAGGGCCGAAAUUCCAAAUGCAGCCACCCGGUGUGUCCUUGCCGGAUGUUGACCUGAAGCUGAAAGGACCAAACCUAGGGGGUGACGUGGAUGUUGCCGGUGACAUCAAAGGCCCAAAAGUCAGCGUGGAAGGGCCUCGUGUCGACCUCAAGGCGCCUGGAGCGGGUGUCCACCUUGACGCUCCUGCCUUGGAUGCGUCUGCACUGAAAGUGUCCGGGUCGGGUUUUAACGUCAAUGUAAAAGGGCCGAAGAUCAAAGGUGGCGCCACCAUCUCUGGAGAGGCGGCAGCACCGGCUGUGAGUGUCGGCGGAGGAGCUCUUCACGUUACCGGCCCCAAGGUGGGAAUCGGAGGUCCCGGCGUCACCGUGAGCGUCCCGCAAGGUAGCUCGGAAAGCAGCCUGGGAAAAGUAUCAUUCCCCAAGCUGCGAAUGCCGAAAUUCGUGUUUUCGGACCCCGAAGUGAAGGGCAGAGAGAUGGGGGUUGACGUCGAGUUCGCCGGGGUGGACGCCAACCUCCAGGCUGGCACCGCAGAGCUGGAGUUGGAGGACGCGGAUGUGCGGCUGAAGAAAUCCAAAAUCAAAAUGCCCAAGUUCAAUUUUUCUAAGGCAAAGGGGAAGAGCUCCCCGGAGGUUUCUGGGUCGGUUUCGGGAUCGAAAGGUGACCUGAAGAGCUCCAAAGUCAGCUUGGGGUCGGCAGAAGGCGAGCUGGACGGGGCAGAAGGGCCGUCGGCGAAAGGGAAGUUCUCCCUCUUCAAAAGCAGGAAGACGCGUCACCGGUCGUCGUCCUUCAGCGACGAGCGCUCGUCCCACUCCACCCCCACGGGAACGCUGGAGCUGGACAUCGCCUCGGGUGCCGACAAGGGGAAACAGGGCAAAAUGAAAUUCGGGACGUUUGGGGGAAUCGGCUCUAAAACCAAAGGUUCUUACGAGGUGACGGGAAGCGACGAGGAGACGGGGAAGGCGCAGGGCAGCGGGGUCUCGCUGGCCUCCAAGAAAUCGCGUCUCUCCUCCUCCUCCAGCAACGACAGCGGGACGAAGGGCGGCUUCCGCAUGCCCGGGGUGGAGCUGACGGUGGCCAAGAAGAAAGAGUAG